AUGGGAAUUUGUCUAAUGUGGAUGAUUUAUUUUGCAUCGGGUGGUCCUUACCGAUUCCCAGAUUCACAAAUUUUAAAAUACGCCAGUAAUGACAGAAACAUUUUCUUUGAUGCUACUGAAAGCUACACAACAUACUCAAAUUCAAAACACUCUAAACGUCUGAACAAAGUUUUAGAUCAACAUACAACAUUUUAUUUGGUUCAUUAUGUCUUAGUUUGUCGAUCGAUUCUUAACAGUAUAUUGGGUGAUUUUUAUGCAAGGAUUCACUGA